CCCACUGCAACCAAUUUCGAGGAGUGGCCGCUGGCUUCGGUGUGUGAUUUUCUCAGCCAAUUGGGUCUCGGAUAUUGUGCGGCUGCGGCACGUACGUGGGUUCGCACCGGUGCCGAUAUCAUCACCGCAACCACUAAGAAAUUAGAACAGGCUGACCUCCAAAGCAUUGGCAUAACCAGCGAGCUGCACAUGCUGAGUCUUCGUCGUGGUCUCCAACUCCUGCGCCAAAUAAAUUUCGACCUUUCGCAGCUUUCUCGCCGGCCAGUAUUUCGCACUCCGGAACCUGUCAAACGGUUGUCUUCCACCUCGCCGCUUCCCUCAUCAGAGGCUUCCGCAGGAGAGGAUGUCGAAGAGGAGGACGUCUUCAAGGCGCCGGCGCGCGGUUCCCUCCCACCCAAGGCGGAGGCUGGUAGUCGCAGGGCCACUUCUCCUGUUCUCUCAACUCUGCCCUCUAGGUCACCUCUGAUUCGGUGUCUGGGUGAACUGUCCUCUGCGAAGGAGGGCCAGAACAAUCCCCAGCGCGCGGUUCCUCCCAGCGAAUUGGUUCUUUGGACCUUCCAUCGAUUGGAGGUGUGGCUGCGUGAUAUUGAGUUGCCCGAAUAUGUCUCUAAUCUGCAAUUGAAGCUCUUUUUGUUGUCACUAUGCGACAUGCAGCUGGUGGCCUUUUGA